GGUUGUUUGACGGGGUGGCUGCCGCAGCGCUGGGACUGGAGUGGAAAUAUGACCGACAAUGGCCGCGGCGUGUAUUAGCGUUUCGGUCUAAUCGCUUUGGAUUCGACACCUGUAAACAAACGGUUUUAUUGCUGUUUUUGUAUGUAUUGUUGCUUUUAGUUUAAGUCCAUGCAUUUGGUGUAAGUCAUUAGCCACCUGCCUGCUCCUAUCUCGAGAGCGCGAGACAUCGAGCGCGUGUCUGUGUAUGUUUAAGGCUCGUGCACUGUAGUAUGGAUAAGGCCAAAUCAAUGAUGGACCAGAAAGGAUCGGGUAAGUGCAUCACAAACGGUAUGCACAAGCCGAUCCGGCGACAGCUGAGCAACGGGAGCUUCCACCAGCAUCAUCCGCACGAGCCUCAAACCAACGGGUCUCCGGCGAAAAAGUGUCGGCUGCGGAGGCGAGUGGAGUCGGCGAGGAAAAACAGACCGCCCUUUCCAUGGUUUGGGAUGGAUAUUGGUGGUACUUUAGUAAAGCUUGUUUACUUUGAGCCAAAAGACAUCACAGCAGAGGAAGAGCAGGAGGAGGUGGAGAAUCUGAAGAGCAUACGCAGGUAUCUCACCUCCAAUACGGCCUAUGGCAAAACAGGUGUCCGCGAUGUGCACCUGGAGAUUCACAACCUGACCAUCUGCGGUCGCACUGGAAACCUGCACUUCAUCCGCUUCCCCACCGCUGCCAUGCACAGAUUCAUCCAGAUGGGCAGAGAUAAGCACUUCUCCAGCCUGCACACCACACUCUGUGCCACUGGGGGCGGGGCAUACAAGUUUGAGAAUGACUUCAGAAUGAUGGCUGAUUUAGAGUUACUGAAGCUGGAUGAGUUGGACUGUCUGAUCCAGGGGCUGCUGUACAUUGACUCAGUCGGUUUUAACGGCCAUCCUGAGUGCUAUUACUUCGAAAACCCCUCCGACACUCAGCACUGCAUCAAAAGACCCUGUUGUCUUGACAACCCUUUCCCCAUGUUGCUGGUCAACAUUGGCUCGGGCGUCAGCAUUCUGGCAGUGUACUCCAAGGACAACUACAAACGUGUUACGGGCACAAGUCUGGGCGGAGGGACAUUUUUGGGACUGUGUUGUCUGUUGACGGGUUGCGAGACCUUCGAAGAGGCCCUUGAGAUGGCCAGUAAGGGUGACAGCACCAACGUGGACAAACUGGUGAAGGACAUCUAUGGAGGAGACUACCAGCGCUUCGGCCUGCAGGGGUCAGCAGUGGCUUCAAGUUUUGGUCACAUGAUGAGCAAAGAAAAAAGGGACUGUAUUUCUAAAGAGGACCUGGCCAGAGCAACUCUCGUCACCAUCACCAAUAACAUCGGCUCUAUUGCACGCAUGUGUGCAGUCAAUGAGAAAAUCGAACGGGUUGUUUUUGUGGGGAACUUUCUGCGUAUAAACACAGUGUCAACAAAGCUUCUUGCCUAUGCUAUGGACUUCUGGUCCAAGGGCCAGCUGAGAGCCCUCUUCCUGGAACAUGAGGGAUACUUUGGAGCUGUUGGUGCUUUUCUUGAACUGCUGAAGUCGUCUGAAGAUGCAUAAAGGAAAGACAUCAUCAUCUCUGUUUUAUUAUCCAGAAGCUGCUUUAAGACUUCCACACAGAAGCUCUAACAGGGAAACUGGAAUACUGGGAAAACUGGGACAUCUGAAAGAAGCCAUUAUAGUAAUUAACCUGUAAAUAACCCUUAAAAUAAGAUUUAAAAAUAUUUUUAUGACUAACUUAGUCUCCUCCAGACUGAUGACUUUAACCUAACAUUUUUACAUGUUUACCUGUUGUUGUUUUCCUUUUGUACUGUUUGUAAAUAUCUAUAUGUUUAGUGAACAGGGAGAGUUUAUUGAUGGCCAAAUCCUGCUGUGUUAAACUUCCAUUGUUCUUGACUUGCCACCAAGUGAGGGUGGCACCUCUGUAUUUAAUGUUAUCUUGUGAAUUUUUACCAUCUAUAUGCCCUUUUAGAUAACAGACCUUCAUAUUUAAACUACUGUUCAGAGCCCAGUGAUUUUUAACACAUUAUUCUAGUUUUAAUAUAAGCCUCAGGUCCUGUGUUAAGUCUGGAUACUUAAGUCUGGAUUUCCUUCUUUCACUCUUCCUCUUCACUACAGUUAAGGGUGUCCAUGCAUUUGUGCAUGAUUGUAAUUUUAAAUGGGAAUAGGUUUGUUAUUGUAAUUACAUCAGAAAAGAUUAACUUUUUAAAACUAUAUAUUAACACUGAUUCACACGAAGCCUUUAACUUUAAAAAGAUAAAAAGAAAGCUCAGGGUGUUGCUUUUAGUUUUGAGAGGGAAUUCUGUGGGACCAAGUGGCCAAUUUGACUGUCACUUUAGUUACAAAGUUCCCAUAAUAUCCCACAUGGGAUAGGACAAAUUAUUAAGCACACAGCACAUACAGAGAUAGAUAAACAUUGAUUAUGUUUUUAAAUUAUCCUCUGAAAAAAAGCUCUUUUUGUCUCUAGUCCUUUUUUAUGUCAGUUUUUUCCAUCCUGCCUUCUCCUUUGUUGCAUUGUCUUUCCUAUCCUAUCUAAACCAAAGCUAUUUCACAAUCAUAUCUAAUGCAGACUGUUAUAUAUACACAUACCUCUUCUUUGGUUGCCUUCCUCCUUUAUGUACUUUAGACCAGUCUCUGUUGAAGUUUGACUGAAUAGGAGUAUUAAUAGUACACCAAAUAGCAGAGUGAUGACAAAACAAAGAAAUAUUAAGUCUGUAUGGCUACAAUUAUUCUCAUCUCCCUUUUCUACACCGUUCUAAUAUAAAACAUGUUUAGGCUGUUCAGUGACUCAGCCAUUGUGUUUCCUUGUAGUGGCAAACGAGAGCCUGCCGAUACAAACAAUCCUGGUAUUUUUAGAUGAAAACAUUGUAAUGUCAUUUAAAAAUAAGAUACAAGCCCCUUACUAGUUAAUUUUCUUGUUCAGUUCUGCCUGUUGUCUUUCAUGCCUUCUUUUUCAUACUGCUUUCCUCUUUUAACCUAUGCAAUGGGUGUUUUUAGGUUGUGUUAUGUUUUCUUUGUGUGAAGGUUUUUUUUGUUUUGUUUUGUUUUGUUUUUUUUGCACUUUCUAAGUAUUUUGUCCAGUGUGCUUUUGAUCUUUUUAUUUUUUAACUUUAGUUUAGCUUUGUAAGGUAACUUUUCUUCAAAAUUAGAUUAUGGAGACCUCACAUGUCAUCUAACAAUUCUGUUUGCCAGACUAGAAAAAUACCAACUGUACUUUUGUUUUUAUUUUCACCUUUAGUGUGAGAAGAUUUUUAGGUAAAUUGCCUGUGAACAAUUAUGUUGAACUUUCUUUACACUAUGGCUUUGGUUGGCCUUAUAUUCUUGGCAUUAAAUAAGAAAGUGGCAUAGUUUGGAACACAGUAUAGCUGCAAUAAACUUCACAGUCAUUGAUUUGAUUGUUAUUGUUAAAAGGACAUUUUAAUUACUAUCUUUGAUGUCAUGGUGCUGCAGUACUGCAGUAAUUUUGAAAUGACAAUUUUAAUCAUUCAGUUUUAAACCUAUUUCCAAACAGUCUACAUUUGGAUGGUCCUUUUUGUUUUGUUAAAUACAAAGUAUAUCAGUAUAACAGAAGUAUGCUGCACAGAUGAUUGAUAUUCACGAAGAUUACUGGUAAUGGUAUUAUUGAUAAUUGUUUAGAAAGAUACACAAGCUUUAAAGUAUUCAAGUUUGUGUAAUUGCAUUGCAUAACAUUCUGUGCAAUACCCAAACAAAAGCUAUAUAACCCACUUUUUUUAUUAGCACUUAGGCCAAAAUCUACAGCUUCAUGUUUUACAAAUGAGGGUGAGGCCCUCCUGGAGAUUGUUGUGAAGUAAUACCACACACCUGAAAGCUGAAAAGUUGUUUUUGUGUAUAUUAUUGAAGGUUGUGCUAACACAGCAAACCAAAAGUGAGAAAAUUAGGGUAUACUUUGAUCAUUUUUGAUUUGCAGUAUUCCUUUCCUCUGAAGGGUGGACGAACUUCGUACCUCUUGCUAUGAAGUAAAGUCACAUGCUCAAUUUUGUUUGCAGAAUGCAGUUUGGCUAAGGGAAACUAGCUGCCCAUGUCCCAUCUCUGCCACUUGUGUCAGUUCAUACUGUUAUACAGAAUGAGAAACUUUUAGGGUUUCUUUUCACUGGGAACUUUUUGUUGUUCCUUUCUCUUUGAGAUUGUUUUUGUGUGUUUUUCUUUGGAUUCCUACAGGCAUUUCUUGACAAAUUUUCGUUUGCUUUGCUUGUUUGACACUAAUGGAUAUUUUGUACUAUUGUAUCAGAUUGUACAAACAUUCCUGUCUUUGUUUGUCACCUCUCAAGUCAUUGAAGCCACUGUAUAUAACUUUGUGGAAAAUGAUAAGAGGCUUAAUGUCUGUGUGAUUCACUAGGUUUAAUGGAUACGAUUUAUGCAUAGACUCAAGAAAGGAAAAAUUUAAAGAAUAAUAAAGUAUAAAAGCAAAGACUUAUUUGGUCUUUUUAAUUGUUGACAAUUAAACUAUUUUUAAAACUA